AUGUCCUACCAAAAAGGUAUCGCCCCUGUCUACAGUGCACCUAUCUUGGCCCCAGCAAUUUCCACCGCUAAUGUAUACAAAGCCGCUCCAAUUCCUAUUAUAAAGAGCGUAGAAGUCGCUCCUAUCAUCAGCGCGCCAAUCAUUAAAACCGUGCCAAUAUCUAGCUACAGUCUCGGAGGACUCGAAGGCUACGGACUUGGAGGCUAUGGACUCUUGGGAGGCUAUGGAGGUUACGGUCUAGGCUAUGGCAAAGGUCUUGGUUAUGGUUAUGGACUCGGCUUAGGCAAACACUAG